UGUCCGGACCUGGGCAUCGCCAUCCCCGAUGCAGACGAGGGGAGCGUUUGGCCUCUCGUGAGGGUGCCGCAGGUACCCGGGGAUGCGGGCUUACGGGCAAGCAUCUGUUCCCUUGCAGCGACAUGGUGGAGGUGUGGAGGAGCCUGGGGAGAAGCGUCCUGGGGUGCCAAAUCCUGGUGUGCUUAACUGAAAAGUUAAGGGCAGCGGGAAAGAGCAGCCACAGGAGCGAGUGCUGCACUCGGGAGCUGGGCAGCAGCCAGGCUGCCCUGGAGCCUCGCACGAUCACCCACGCCCUCUGCGAGGUGGUGUCAGUGCUGCAGAGGAAGACACUGGUCCAGCGCCUGCUUCCCUCCCUGCUUCCCGGCCUUCUGAGGCAGGUCAGCGAGGCGCUGGGGGAGGAGCUGGCACCGUCCGUUGGGGACCUGGAGAGCGCUGACAUGCCGGGCAGCCUUUUUGUGGCGGCAUUGGAGCUGGUGCUGGCGAGGUGCCUGGACAAUCGGUGGCUGCGGCUGCUCCGGGAGCAGGGAGCGUGGGCGUCCCUGGCAGAGCCCCGGGCUCACAGCACCGGCGUGUGUCUCCUGGCGAGGUGAGAGCCCGGGA